AUGUACAACAAGAUCAUUCUCAUCGCCCUCUCCGCCUCCGGCGCCCUCGCCUCAGUGCAAUACUCGCCCAGCUUCCCCCUCCUCUCGGUCCGCCAAGUCGUCGAAGUCCCCUGCUCGGAGCAGAAACUCAAAGACUGCGGCGAGGGCUGCAUCCAGGAAGACUGGACAUGCUGUCCCAGCAAGCAGGGCGGCUGCCCCCCCACGGCGUACUGCGAAGUCGGCACCAAUGCGCAGUACGGCUGCUGUCCCAAUGGAAGCAUCUGCAAUGGCGAGGGAGGCGGUAGCACUCGCGCUUCGACCGACACUCUGACUCUGGCUGGUGGUGAUACAACUACUGUUGUUCAGGGCGGUGUUAACACGGCCGAGACGGAGCCUCCUGUUGUUGAGGGAUCUUCAACUGCUGUUAUUGUUCCUCCUCCUGUCGAUACUCCUGUCGACACUCCCGUCGCCAGCUCUCCUGUUCCUCCAGUUCUUCCAGUUCCCAGCGGUACUCCCGUUCCUCUGCCCGUGCCACAGACUCCCGGUGUCCCUGUCGUCCCAGUUCCUACACCCAGCACAGUCGUCGUCAACGGUGGAACUUCCAACAGAUACAGCAUGUUUGGUGGUAUUGUGGCUGGUGUCGCCGCUCUCGUUCUCUAA